GGAGGAGGAGGAGGAGGAGGCCCUCUACUCAAAUGUGAAAGAUACAAUGAUGUCAUGAACGCUUUAUUUCCCAGCAUUGUAGAGCGGCACCUGCAGCUAGUGCUUCCACCAACAGAGGGCGCCGCUUUAUAGCUAAACUACAUCUCACAGGCACCAUAUGUCAUGAAUGAUCUUCAUCAGGAAAAUACCAUACAGCCGUCCCUCCUUGAUGGCGGGUCAUUGGUUCCAGCCCCGACCGCCAUAAGUGAAUUUCCGCCAAGUCGGACUCCAUAUUAAUAAAUGGAAUAUUUUGUAGCUAGAGCAUAGAAAACCUGUUUAUGACCUUCUAAAUACAUGUAUCAUCAUUAGAGCCCUCUAGACAUGAAAUAACACCCCUACAGUCACCUUCACACCCCAUACAGUAGACGUAAUCAUAGAAAAACGCCAACUUAAACAUGAAUAAUACUCACAUGUUAACAGUGACACCUCGUGGCCAGGGUAGAACACUACACCAAAGUUUGGACAUCAUAGCAUGAGGGAGCUAACGAUGUACGUGACGGGGCACACCUAUUUCGAUUCUGAAGCCCUCCAUAGGUUUAGUGGUUUUCCAUCCAUGCUGUGAGCGUGCAGUACCAGUACCUUCAUGAUGACAUGUUGCCUUACAUUGAUCGUUUGGAGCGUUGAUUUCACGUAGCAACAUGCAGCGGAUAGCAGCUAACACCACUUCCGUCAACAGCAGCGUGUCUGUUUGCUGCUACUAAUCAUGUCACUUUUGGACAAGGAUCCUGAACCGUAUCUUUUUGAGCACGAAUAUACGGAGGAUGAGCGACAGGUUUUAGAAGCUAAGCAGGCAAAAAGAGAGAGUGAAAAGUUGGGGCAGAAACUAGAAAUGAAAGCAUUUUCCAGUCCGAUGCAGCACAACCGCAAUAAAAAACACAUUUUGUUCAAAUAAUGCCUCGCUGUCCUUUUGAUACAGCUCUCAUGAGAGUGUGCAGCUGUGCCUAAUGGAGUGUCCACAACAUACAGCUGUUGUGCUCAUUUCCAAGUAAAAGCAAAUCGUCUAAAAUAGCAUCCUUCCCUCCUGAACCAGAGCAGCGUGUGUGUUGCAUGUGCAUGCAUGUGCAUUAGACAGAUUAGGGAUUAGAAGACUAGCGGAUUACAAAGUUCUGCACUUGAAAUAAGGUGAAGCACACAGUCGGUGUGAAAACCUCUCUGGAGUGGCACCACUGCGACCCAACGACAUGGUGGACGUUCUCAGAGGUCUGAACCUGCUGCAGAGCCUCAAAGAGUCCAUGGAGAGUAACAAGUUGUCAGAGGUCAAAGAUGCCGUGGAAGACCUCCUGAUCAGUAGGAUCAACUUGGCCAUAGUGGGUGACCGUGUGGAGGAGAAGAUCUCCUUCAUUAACUCCCUCCACGGCCUGUGCCCCGGGGACGAGGGAGCAGCCAGAUCCUCAUCGGCCGUAGACACAGACGAUGUGGUGUGUUACCCCAACCCCAAACACACCGACUUUCGGUUGUGGGACCUCCCUCCUGUCCCCCAGUUAUCUCCGUUUGAGCCUGAAACCUUCAUGGAUAGGGUCAAGUUUGCCCGCUACAAUGCGGUCUUCAUGACGUUCACGCAGACUCUCACCCCCGGCGUUGUGGAGGUGUUCCUCCAGGCCCGCUCGUUGCAGCAGCACACGGUCUAUUUGACCUUCUUGGUCUCAGGGAACGACAAAGACAAGAACCUGGAAGAGAAGAGGAGAGCUAGCGUGGAGAUGCUGACGUCCAAGGGGGUGAGCCAGCCUAAAGUCUACCUGGUGAGACCCUCUGCCUUGGAGACUUUGGACUUCCCUGCCCUGCUGGAGGACAUGACCAAAGACCUUCCUGAAAUCAGGUCAUGCGCUCUUCUCAUGGCACUCCCCACGCUGACCACCACUCUGGUCUCCCAAAAAAAGGAGGCUUUCAAAGCUCUCGUGUGGGCAGCCGCCUCCAUUUCUGGCGGCAUGUCAACCAUUCCCGUUCCCUUCGUGGCCUCCAUGGUGGACUCAAGUGUCGCCGUACGGAUCCUGUCCAAAGCUCAAGCAUCCUUAUGUCUGGACGAUGCAUCGGUGGAGCGGCUGGCCCGGCAGCGAGGCGUGGAACCGUUGAGCCUUAAAGCCCUGCGUGCGUGCACGCUCUCCGUGGAGGUCACCAAGGGGGAGGUGAAGAGCCGGCUGGCGGCGGCGGAGAAGGACUUACCUUCGAUCUCCUCCAAACUGAUGCAGAUGGCCGUGCCCAGACAUGCGCGCUCAGCCGGCCGCUCCUUCUCCGCCACGCUGCACGCCUUAAACGCCGCCAUUGACGACAUGGCGGCCGAUGCUGAGAAGAUCUUGGCCUCGGCUUUCGGAUAG